AUGCGGUCCGUCUUGUCGGCCUUGAACCGCACGGCCGCGACCGCGUGGGCGCAGCCCCCGACAACAGCGGCAAUGCGCGGCCCUCGCGCGGCAUUCAAACCCGACUCGAUCUGCGCCCGGUGUCGCCGACAACAGGUCCGGUCUUACCAGAACAUGGCGGACGAUCCGCGGUGGUUAUCGGUGGUUGAUAACCCGGCGCGAAUUGUGCGGACGGGCCGGAAGCAUGGGCCGGGGUUGAUUAUCCUAGCACUGAUCCCCAUCAUCUCCUUCGGGCUCGGCGCCUGGCAAAUCCAACGACUAGACUGGAAAACGAAAUUGAUUUCGAAAUUCGAAGACCGACUCGUGAAGCCGCCUCUGCCGCUGCCAUCGCGCGUCGACCCCGACGCAGUGAACGAGUUCGAUUACCGGCGGGUUUACGCUACGGGUCGGUUGAGGCACGAUCAGGAGAUGCUGGUUGGGCCGCGGAUGCGGGAAGGCGAGGACGGGUUCUUGGUGGUGACGCCGUUGGAGCGGGACGGGGGACGCGGCACUGUGCUGGUUAACCGGGGGUGGAUCUCGAGGAGCUUGCAGGAUCAGAAGUUGAGGGCGGCGGGGCUGCCGCAGGGGGAGGUGACUGUUGAGGGGUUGCUACGGGAGCCGUGGAAGAAGAAUAUGUUUACGCCGGAUAAUAAGCCCGAGGAUGGGAAGUUCUACUUUCCUGAUGUGGAGCAGAUGGCUCAAUUGACGGGCAGUCAGCCAAUCUGGAUUGAACAGACGAUGGUCCCGGAUAUGGUGGAGGCGUAUGAUCGUGCAGCCAAAGGUAUUCCCAUUGGUCGCGCAGCGGAGGUCAACCUCCGAAACAACCACAGCCAGUACAUCUUCACAUGGUAG